AGUCUUUUAGAUGCACCGUAAGAUUUUGUUUGCGAAAUCUUGUCUCGAGGGUCCAGGGCCUCGCCCACUGCAGGAGAUGGCGGCUUUGCAAGCUAACCCACGAACCUCCAGCACCCUAAUAUCCGAGUACGCAAGACGACCUUCACCGAGGCGGCCGCCGGUGCGCGUCCGCUGCUCGGCUGCCCCCUCUCCACCCCGGAGCUACCGCAUUACCCUCCUCCCGGGCGAUGGAAUCGGCCCGGAGGUCGUCUCCGUCGCCAAGGACGUGCUCUACCUAGCCGGAUCUCUCGAAGGCAUCGAAUUCCGUUUCCGGGAGGUGCCCGUUGGAGGCGCUGCGUUGGACUCUACCGGCGUCCCGCUUCCGGAGGAAACCCUGACGACUGCUAAGGAAUCGGACGCUGUCCUUCUGGGAGCUAUAGGAGGGUAUAAGUGGGAUGCUAAUGAGAAGCAUCUGAAGCCUGAGACUGGGUUACUUCAGCUUCGGGCAGGACUAGGUGUUUUUGCAAACCUGAGGCCAGCUACCGUUCUGCCACAGCUUGUUGACGCAUCGACUCUGAAGAAAGAGGUGGCCGAAGGAGUUGACAUAAUGGUUGUUAGAGAACUUACUGGAGGAAUCUACUUUGGAAAGCCUAGAGGCUUUGGAUCCAAUGAUAAAGGUGAAGACAUUGGUUUCAACACUGAAAUCUAUUCUGUUCCUGAGAUUGACAGAAUUGCACGAGUAGCAUUUGAAGUCGCUCGAAAACGAAGGGGACAAUUGUGCUCUGUUGACAAAGCAAAUGUUUUGGAGGUUAAGUUUAGAAAAGCUUCAAUGCUGUGGAGGAAGACCGUCACUGCUUUGGCAUCUGAAUUCUCAGAUGUUGAAAUCUCCCAUAUGUAUGUGGACAAUGCGGCAAUGCAACUUAUCAGGAACCCAAAACAGUUUGAUACAAUCGUGACAAAUAAUAUAUUUGGAGACAUUUUGUCUGAUGAAGCAUCCAUGCUCACUGGCAGCAUUGGUAUGCUUCCAUCUGCUAGUAUUGGUGCAUCGGGACCCGGGCUAUUUGAACCUAUCCAUGGAUCGGCUCCUGAUAUUGCUGGCCAGGAUAAAGCAAAUCCAUUAGCCACAGUACUGAGUGCCGCGAUGCUCCUGCGAUAUGGACUUGGCGAAGAGCAGGCCGCAAAACGGAUUGAAGAUGCAGUGAUUAAUACUCUGAAUAAAGGGUUCCGAACCGGUGAUAUUUUUUCAGAAGGAACGACACUGGUUGGUUGCAAGAGAAUGGGUGCAGAAGUGCUGAAAUCUGUCGACUCCCAAGCUACCGUCGCCACGGCUCUCCACUGAUGGUCUAUGUCAAUGUUAUUGUAGUAAACUCCAGGACCAUUCUUAAACCAAGUGAAGAGUUGGUUGGCUUAAGCCUUUCUAUCCUUGUUGCAGUAGCAUUUCAAUAAUUUUGAGGAUUCUUGUUUCACUUUUGUCAAGCCUUGGAUGAGUUUGAGCAAACUUGAUGGAUGUUUUAUUGAUA